AUGGACGCAAUCGAAAAUGUGAAAGUGGUUUGGGGAGAAGGCACUGCAUUGGAACGAACGUUCAUCACUGGUUCCAGAGACGAUUCGCUGGAAGACAAAGAGCGAGCUGGCCGUUCAUCGCUAGUUCAACACGAUGUUUUGUUGAAAACAGUUGAAAUAGAUCGACGUAAACUUCUAAGGAAAUUCCACAAUUAUUGCUGUUCACCUUAA